CUCCAGUUGCUAAAACCACUCUAAUGUCCAUGGAGCGUAUCAUUCGUAGCGUGAAACACGGCACGUUGGCAAUUUCAAUUUUAACGUCAGCUGUCAGUUUUCUUAAAUUGUUACUGGCAGUGUAGUGUCGGUAAGCGACGUGUGGCAGUGGUAAUGUGUAAGGACCGGUAAAAAGAAAGCGAAGAGGUUAACGGUACAACAUUAAUUUACCAUUUCGAAUAAUUUUAUCAAAUGGCCAGUAUUAUACUUGGAGGAAUCGAAGGGGGUGCCACACAUUCAAAUCUAGUGUUGUUCAAUGGAAAUGGAGAGAAACUGGCACAGGUUGCUGGACCUGGAACAAAUCACUGGAUCCUUGGGAUGGAAGAGUGUCAGAAGCGAAUCAAUAAAAUGGUUGAACAGGCGAAGCAUGAAGCAAAGCUUCCUUCAGAGAAACCGCUUAAUGCACUGGGUAUGAGCCUGAGUGGCUGUGAACAAGAGGAGACCAACAAACAGCUGAAGGAAGAAUUGCAGAAGAAUUUCCCCAUGUUGAGCAGCAAUUAUGUGGUCUGCAGUGAUACUGUUGGUUCCAUAGCAGCAGUGUUAGAAAAUGGUGGAAUUGUGCUGAUUGCAGGAACUGGCUCAAAUUGCUUAUUACUCAACCCUGACGGCUCUGUGCACAGGUGUGGAGGGUGGGGCCACAUCAUGGGGGAUGAGGGUGCUGCAUGGUGGAUCUCGCAUAAAGCUAUAAAGAUUUGUUUUGAUGAGCAGGACAACUUUUCCCAACCACCACAUCCAACACAAGUAGUCUGGAAGUCAGUUCAGGAACAUUAUAAAAUUGAGACUAGAUUUGAUGUACUAGAUCACUGCUAUACCAAAUUUGACAAGUGUCACUUUGCUGGUCUGUGUAAACUCUUGGCUAAGGCAGCAGUUCAGGGGGACAGGCUUUCCCAGUGGUUGUUUAAGGAGGCGGGCCGUAUGCUGGCACGCCAUAUAACAGCACUUCUUCCACAGGUAGACAGGAAAUUGCUGAAUGAACCAGGAGGACUUCCAGUAGUGUGUGUGGGUUCGGUAUGGCUCAGUUGGGAGUAUUUGAAACCAGGAUUUAUAACACAGUUGAAGGAAGGUGCAGCCAAGCUCCAGAGACUAUCUCUUCUACGUUUAACAACAAGCAUAGCGACAGGUUCAGUGUAUCUAGCUGCCAAGGAAAUACAUUUUGACUUGCCAAGGGACUACACACACAACUAUGAAAUUUUCUUUACAUAUAAUGGUGAUCAAACUUAAACUGUAAUUGUAUAUUGACAGUUAAUACUGCAUGAGAAAUAUGAAUCUAUGUAGUCAUCAAAACAUUUUUAUUAUGAAACUUGUAGAGAUCCAUCAUUACCAUUAUGACUUGAUGUUUUGAGUUACAGGCCAACCCACAUAUGUAACCAGAAUUGAAACUAAAUAACAAAAUCCCAGGGAAAUAAUUUGAAAUGAAUCCUGCUUGUUUUUCAGAACCAUUACCCUUUUGCGAGAUAUGGAGUUCUCACAGUGUUGAAUAUGAAAGAGACAGUCUUCUGGGAUGUGAUGCAGUAUAGUCUGGUAUAUAUAUACCAUUAUUUCAAUGGAACAUGCUUCUUCAGUCUUCAGGAUAGAAGAAGGUAGUCUGCUGGUCUUCUUCUGCAUUAAAAAUUGAGUUAACAGGCUCUUCUAGAAUUACAAAUACAAAUCACUCCGUCCAAUGUGACCUGUAAGUUUUUUACUACAUGAAAACUCAACACCCUUACAUG